ACGGCACUGGGGGGGUGGGGGUGGACGCGGCCGGCCUGCGCGCGGCGGACUGCGAUGCUCAAGGCCAAGAUCCUCUUCGUGGGGCCCUCGGAGAGUGGAAAAACCGUUUUGGCCAACUUCCUGACAGAAUCCUCUGACAUCACCGAAUACAACCCAACCCAAGGAGUGAGGAUCCUGGAAUUUGAGAACCCGCAUGUGACCAGCAACAACAAAGGCGCGGGCUGUGAAUUUGAGCUCUGGGAUUGUGGCGGCGACCCCAAGUUUGAGUCUUGCUGGCCAGCCCUGAUGAAGGACGCGCACGGCGUGGUGGUCGUCUUCAACGCCGACAUGCCGAGCCACCUGAAGGAGCUCGAGAUGUGGUACUCCUGCUUCGUCCAGCAGCAGCUCUUACAGGACACGCAGUGUCUCUUAAUUGCGCACCACAAACCAGGCUCUGGGAGUGACAGAGGAAGCCUGUCCCUGUCGCCGCCCUUGAACAAGCUGAGGCUGGUGCACUCGAACCUCGAGGAUGACCCCGAGGAGAUCCGGCUGGAAUUCAUCAAGUACUUAAAGAGCGUAGUCAGCUCGGUGUCUGAGAGCCGCGACCGGGAGGAGAUGUCAAUCAUGGCCUAACCGGCCUCCACCUGGCCUCCUCCGCAUCCCCAGAGACGUCCGCUUCUUUCCCAGUGCAGCUCAGCCGCCUUGACCAGCUGCCUGUGGCUGUAGAAGUUCUCCUUGUCUGCUCAAAGGUACCGUCAGCCAGGGAGUUGACUCAUGCCAUCUAUUCUCUGUCCGCAGUUCACUUGAGAAAAUCCUGUUAUUCAAUUCUGCUUCCUUUGCCCCAGACCUCUCCAAAGAGCUGGAGAACUGAGGUGGUUGUUUUUCCCCCUCACAUAUGUCAAGUUAUAAAAAUUGUGGAGUUGUAACUGUCAAAGCCCAAUGAUACAACCGUAGUUUAAUCCGUGUGUAUUGGUUUGAGCGUCAUUUUCAUCCUUAAUUCACUCAAUAAAGCCCGACGUGUUGAGCAUC